UUAAACACUGGGAAAAGGGAGCAGGGAGGAUUUGGGAUCUCCGGCGUCGGAGCCGCUCCGAUCCAACCGGGCGAGGCUUUGAACACCCAACUCGGGGCUGGGACCUCUCCCGACCCGGAUCCUUCUGGAAUUCUGCUCCAACACCCGCGUCUCUUCAUCUCCACGACCUCCCACUUCCUCCCGACCCGGCUCCCUCCGGAAUUCCAGAAGUUGACUCCCAGUUUCUCCCACCCCCAGGGAAGCGCUGCCAUGACCAACCUCCCGCCUCCGGCGGCGUCCGGGAAUUGCUUUUACAUCCUGACGGAAGACUGUGCCUAUGGAAGCAAAUACUUCCAGGCUGGCACCAUGUGCUUCUGCAGCGAGCGGAGCUACCUCCGGAAUUUUUCCGAGGCCGGGCCCCCCACGUGCUUCCUGAAGGUCGUCGUGCUGGACGACGGCUCCGGAGUCACCGUCAACGUCGGGAUCCUGCAGCCCCUGCGGGAAGAAGCCGCCGGAUUCCUGCUGGCCAUCGGCAGCCCCAAGGAACGCCUGAGCUUCUUCCUGGAAAGGCUGAGCUUGGAAGCGGCGCUGGGAGCCGCUCCCGGCCGGAAUGUGAUGGUGGAGGUCGACCGGAAGUUCUUCCCGGGCGUGAUCCGGUACGUCGGGAGCAUCUACAAGCCCAGCUUGGCCGUGCUGGCCCCGGUGUUCUUCGGGGUGGAAUUGCAGGUAAUGUGGCCAGGAAGGAAAAUUCCUGGACCUGGAAUUAGGGGAGAUCCAGAGGUUCCAUCCGUUUGGGAUGGAAUUCCCGCCUCACCCGGUGUUUUGUGUCGUCCGCCAGGUUUGUUUCCGUCCUUCGACUCCGACGUGGGUUUGGGACCCCCAAAUCCAAGGAAAGCGGAGACGAGCGAGAGCGGCGAGGAGGGCGAAGGUGGGAAUUCCCCCCUGGAAGUGAACUCCAUGGUCCAGAUCGCCUUGGACAAGGGGAGCCAAGUGUCGGGAAUCAUCCGCUGGUUGGGAUUCCUGCCCCAGAUCAAGGAGAAAAUGGCUGGAGUGGAACUGGAUGAAGACAAGGGAGUCACCGGGGGCGAGUGGUUGGGCAAGUCCUACUUCCACUGCGCCCCAAAACGCGGCCUCUUCGUGAGGCUCAACUCCUGCCAGCCCGACCAGCGCUUCCAGAGCCUUCCCGACGCCCGUCCAUCCCUCCUGGAAUACGGAGAACGGGAAGUUCUUCCCCAGGCUCCUCCGGAGAGUUUUCCUCCCCUCCGGAACGAGGCGGCCGUGCGCGUCCUGCGGGGCCGGAUGAAGGGCAUCCAAGGCCACUGCAAUUCCUGCUACAUGGAUGCAGCUCUCUUCAGCCUCUUCUCCUGCACGUCCGUGCUGGACUCCAUGCUCUUCAUGCCCUUCCCACUGAGUGACAGGAAUGUGCAGGGAAUUCUGCGGGAUGAGAUCGUGAAUCCCCUCCGGAGGACUGGAUUUGUCCGGGCCAGCAGCGUGAUGCACCUCCGGGAGCAGCUCACGGACAAGGGACAAUGUUCCAGCUUCACCAACGCUGAGAAAGAUCCCGAGGAAUUCCUCAACCUCAUAAUGCAGCAGAUCCUGGGAAUGGAGCCACUCUUGAAACUCCAGUCAGGAGGGCAGGAGCAGGAUUGUUACUGCUACCAGAUCUUCCUGGACAAGCAGGAGGAUCUGGUGGUUCCCAACGUGCAGCAGCUGGUGGAACGUUCCUUCCUGUCCUCGGAUCUGAAGCUGGUGGAGAUCCCGUCCUGCUUCAUUAUCCAAAUGCCACGUUUUGGGAAGGAAUACAAAAUGUUCAGCAAAAUCAUCCCUUCCUUGGAGCUGGACAUCACAGACCUGCUGCUGGACAGUCCCAGGGAAUGCUGCCUGUGUGGAGACGUUGCCACCCUGGAAUGUUUGGAAUGUUUCCAGGACCAGGUGUUCGCAGCCACGGGCCUGAAGCAGUUCUGCAGCUCCUGCUCCAGACAGGUUCACUCCCAUCACCGACGCAAGGCGCACAAACCGGCGCGGCUGCACAUCCCGGAGGAAUUCCAGCGGUGGAAUUCCCGGCGGAGGCAGCCGAUCCCUCGGGAGAAGCUGGAGCUCUUCGCCGUGCUCUGCAUCGAGACCAGUCACUACGUGGCCUUCGUCAAGUACGGCCCCGGGAAGGAGCACUGGAUGUUCUUCGACAGCAUGGCCGACCGGCACGGUGGCGAAAGCGGCUUCAACAUUCCCGCGGUGACGCUGUGCCCGGAGGUCGCCAAAUACCUGGAAUUGCCCUUGGCCGGGCUGGCCCUGGAGCAGCCCCGGGAUAUGGAUGGAGUGGCCAAAAGGCUCUUCUGUGACGCCUACAUGUACCUGUUCCAGAGCCGGAAAAUGGCCCUGUACAAGUGACCCGGAGCGGCCUCGGGAAUCCGGGAUCGCUUUCCCGGCCCCUCGGGAACAGCCGAGUCUGGACGCAACAAGCUGCACUUGGGAGCCUCUUCUUACCUCUCCUGGUAUCCCGUUAUCCACAGGUUUGGGAAAUCCAGGCUUUACCCCGUGGGCACAGCUGGACUUUGGAAUUAUUGACGCCCGGAUCCCGUCUCGUUGCGCACAUUCCCAUCCCGCCCUUUUCCCUUCCCACCCUCCUUUUGUCCCGUCCCUCCGAAGCCGAGGACCAGCAGCAACCAAAGCACCGGGAUUCAUCCUCAGCUUUUCAGGGAGCACAAGGAAUCCGCAGCCUCCCCUUCCCUGAAAACAUCCUCGCCUGGAUUUGGGGGAGUGGGAAAACCGGGCGGGAGCCGGUUGAGAUGGAUCAGGAGGAGGGGUUUUCCCUCUAAAUCCCUCAAUUAUCUGCACUUCCCUUAUCCAGCACUUUUUUCCCGCCAUCCCUCGGGCAUCUCAAGUUGAAAAUAUCCUUUAAAACCAGAUAUUCCUGGAAGAAGAAAACUGGGAGAAGGAUGGAGCACCUGCCGCUCCCUCCCUUCGGCAAACUCCGUGCGGGAUUCGGGGUUUCCACUUGACUCUUAAGCACUUCCCAUCCCGUUUUUUUUUCCACGUCCGCUUCCAAGUUCGGUGCCAAACACCAGAAUUCCAAGGGCAGAAAUGG